AUGUCGGAGCCAAAGAGACGGAAGGUUUACUCCUCACCGUCCGUUAACGUUGACCACCAUGUUAUCGAAGAGCUCGACAACGUUCUUGCUUCGCUAGAAGAUACUACCCCCAAAUUGUCACUAUUCAUCGAACGAGGAUACUUGGGCAAGCUUCUACCGAUAUGGUCCUUUUACUCAGCAACAAGCAACCACAAGGAGUUUGUACUGAUAACAAACAAGAUCAAUGCCAUACUUUACAAGCUCAACGAGCUCAAAGGUGAUAUACUUUUUCUGGCUCAAAAUAGGCAGAUUCUUUUAGACGCUUACAAAGAUAUCCUAAUCAACUACUCCAAGGUGAUUUAUCGUGCCUUGAGCAGUUUGAAACCAUCAUCGACUAAUCCUACAAUCAGACUUCUUGAAAACUUGGUCAAUUACGACGCAGCAAUAGCUGUGGAGUUUUUAAACAAUUUCGACUUGACCUUGCCUGUUUUACCGAAAUUGGUUACACCAAGCAAGAUUGAGAUAGACUCUGGGGAGAUCAACGACGCAUAUUCCAUAAGGAGCAACUUUGUCAAGUUUUGGAUCAGCUUGUGCUCCAGUGUACUGCAUGUUCAUCGACUAGACUUGUUGACCAACCACCUGAAGAUUGUGCGAAACAUCUGGAAAUAUCUUCAGUAUGACACGGCACCACUGAUACAGCGGUUAAUUGAGUUUUUGGACCAAAAGGUGCUUGAUGAAUCUCAUUUUAAAAAAUCCCAAAAAUGUAAGAUUUUGAAUGACAAUUUCAUGUUCAAAGUACAUGAUCUAUUCAACAGAAUCAAGGAACCUUAUUUUAUCAAAUUCAUGGAUAAACUAACGACGGAUACCAAGAAUGGGUUGAUUUUCAUCAACGACGAGUUUUGGAAUAAGCACUCUGACGUUGGUGUUGUUAUUGCAAUAAACAACAAGAAUUUCAAAGUGGCGAACAAGUUAUUAUACACAUUGCUUACAACUUUGAAGCCAACUGAUUCGAACCAACAACUACAGUUUAUAGUGAGAGUGCUAUCAUCUUGUCAGGAACUAAUUGCACCGUAUAUGAACUAUUUGGUGCAGCACGGAGGCGGGUACCAUAGCCCGUCAUUGACCUCGUGGUGGAUUACAUACACUUUGCUAUACACCAAUGUAUUGCAGAUCCCAAACCCAGUGCCUUCAAUUGAUUCAAAUGUCGAACUUGUAGGGGAUUUGGAUGCAGGUUUGAUUGCUGAAUCUAUUGCUUUUGCUCCAUUACUGAAAUCGGCCUUGACUGCUGGAUUGCAGCCGCAGAAAAAGUUAAUUGUUCAAUUGACAUUGCAACUAAUUUUAUACAUGUUAACCAGGUUGGAGAACGUCUCGUCAAAAGUGGCUGUUGCCGUGAGACAGAAUUUGAUUGAUGCGGUAACUGUGCAACUUCCUGAUAUAUCCAUCGUCAUGCAGGUUCUCUCCAACAAUGAAGUUUCCCAAGUGACUCGGCUAACGGCGUUGAAAGUUGCAAACAAGUACGAAUGCUUGACCCCGUCAUCAACAAGCAAAAGCUCUUUGCAAAAGCUCGUGUCGACUGGUGUCUCCAGCAUCAUCGAAAAGCAGUCUCAAUCCUUGACAAGUUUGGACUUGAUACUCCUAGAUCUAUACAUGCAAUUGCAGAAUCAAGAUUUCAAAUGGUGGAACAAAAUCAACGACCAAAACUCGUUCUUUACAUCUUUGCUUAAAGUAGUAGCUUCAAGUUCCAAGAUCUCCUCCACAAGUUUGGUUGCGAAAAUCUACAACUUGUUGAACAAGUUGAGCGAGGACAAGAUGUUGUUUAAUGAAAAACUAUUGGUGACACCACUCAUGGCAUUGAUUCGUUCCAUUGAUGUCAAUGAUGGUCGUGAUGGUGAUGGUGGUGCCCGAAUGGGCCCCGAGUAUUGGAACAUGUUGGAUGAAACGGUUGCUAGAUGCGUUCGAACUCCAUACAAGUACCUCGACUUGUCGCAUGCAGAAUAUAACGACACUAGCAUAUUUGUGGUGUCCUUGGUGGAGCAAUUUGGGUUCAUGGUGAAAAACAAUGUAAACGUGGAUACGGACUUUUACUUUGACUGGUUAUACCGAUUUCUCAGGUACUUGAUGAUUUUUGGAGGUUCCGAGCAGGCUCUUUCGCUGCUAGCCAAGCAAGCCAAGGAAGGCUUUUUGGAUAUCAUGAAUCCUCCUCUUUUGCACAAUACACUCGACGCAAAGGAGAUUUCGAUUCCUGAAAUAGUCUACAGUUUCCCCGUCAAGGACCUAAUACGGAAGCCAUCUAUUUUGGAGAAAAAGAAAAUGCUUUUAUCAAAUCCAGACUAUGUGGCGACGUUGACUCUUGCUCGAUUGGUGGUUGAACACUCGCAGCCGGUGCAGCCAGCGCAGCAAUUACUCACUGCAAUCUUCAACAAGGUGUGGAGCUACUUGACAAGCUCGGAUAUUGCAUCAACGAUUUAUUACUUUGCCUCAGACGUGGUUUGGAGACCAUUGUUUGCAAGUGACAAUGAAAAUGGAGCACUCGCCUUGCAGCUUUACAACGGCAUCCUCGAAAACUUUCCUGAAGCAGUCAACAAGGAGUUUCGCAAUUACAUCAAGGCUGGCUUGCAAAAUGGAGAAAAAAAAUUUAUCGCUUUUGUUUGGACUGUCGAUGAUACGGAUCUUUCAACCCUUUUGGAUCAGUCUACGGGAGACAUGUUUAUCGCGUUGGCAUCUCAUGCCAUUCAUAAACGCGUGCAGCUCACUUUUGAGCAGGUUGAAAAAUUAAUGAAAUCUACAGAUGCGCAACGAGAUGGUCUCAUUUCAAACGCGUUUGAGCAAUGCUUGGUAUCUUUUUCCGACAGGGCACAGAUGAAAUAUAUCUUUGACAAGAUAAUCAGGAAUCCAGCCGACUAUUUCUUGAUCCCCUUUUUGAUAAAGAAAAUUGGCAAUGAAGUGGAUAACCUCUUGCAAGGGCAAGUGUUGCCAGCAAAUGACAACUUGAGGUUCUUAAUUGCUUCUUCGAUGAUGAAUCAAAAUAUACCGGUCCCAAGCGACAUCUUGGAUAGAUGCAUGACAACAAUAAUGAACAAGUUGACUAAGGGAGAGGUCGAGUCUAGCCAGUGGAAACCAAUAAUUACAAUUUUAGCAUCUUCUGCUGCUGCAGAAGAACAUGUGUCGCGAGUUUUACAGUUGAUCGAUUUCAAGCAUACCACCACUAACGAGUUUAUCGAACUCAUCUCCAAAUUGAAUCCAACAGUGGCGGGAGAAUUGGGCAUUUGGCUUCAAAAAUGCAUGUUUUAUGUCACCAAAAAGAUUGCCGAAAGCGAUUCCCUUUCCGAGAAUUUCGAGAAAUUCAUCACCAAAAUUGGAGACUAUAUCUUGAAGCACAACAUGUGGCUGUUUGCUCCUGCAAACAUUUUAAACACCCAGCUUGAGGUGAUUUUACUGUCAAAGUGGGCCAAAAAAUCAGUUUAUUUACAGUAUGUCGUGAAAUUGAUUCUUUCUGCCCCCAAGAACAAGAUCGACUUUCAAAAACUGUUUCAAAUUGCAGUCACUUCCUUGUCUGUCUUUGACGAACUACCAAGCGAAGACAAUAAACAGGCACGCUUUUACGCGGCAGCAAUCGUAUUCUUUUUAUUCAACUUUGACCAUCUGAAGAUGUCCAACUUGUCCAACCUUGACGUUGUAUUGCAGAAAUUUCAAGGCUUGAAUCGAGCAGAAGAUGUUCUUUUGAAAUUCAUCUUGCAAAAGAUGGAAGCGAAACUGGCGACUUCAUGGAUCACAAGAGUCGCCGAGUGGGAGUUUCUGGGCCAAGUGAAUGAGGAUGAAAAAGGUUUGACCAAAGCGGAGAAACUCAUCACCAAGAACAACAACAACGGCCAGAUCACGGUCAACUUGAAUAAGGAAAUCAUUGCAAACACAUUGUCCAGUAAGCGAUUUGCGAAUCCAGAUUUCCAUAGUGGUAAAACUCGCGCGGCAGCAGAAACGUGGAGGCAAGUGCAGGACUACGAGUCUGAAAACUCAUUAAUUGCCAUCGAUAGACCCGCUUACGACCACGAGUUUUUGUUGAUGGUGAUUCUCAAUAAUGAGGAGUUGUUGAAGUUGGAAAAGGAGGAGAAAGAGGACUCGAGUGUCACUCACAGCUACACGUUCAACUUGAAGAACUUGGUAGAUUCAGGAUUGCUAGAAUUUAUCAUUGCCAACUUAGCCGACAAAGACACACUUGGUAUUUCCAAGGUCAUUUUGAACAAGGUCCUCAUGUCAAUUGACAACGGCAAGAUCAACAAUCUGUACAAGGAUAAGAACGUUUUCAAAGUUUUCCUUUCCUCGAUUUUGUUCACAUUGGCAUCGCAGCAUGAUCAAGUCCUAAAAACACAAAAGUUGGUCAUUGGGCCCAUGAUUUGGUAUCUAUACUCGCAGCUUGUGCCAAUCUUGGCUAACCCGGGACACUUUCUUUACGAGAAGACAUUCCGGUUUGUGCUUUCGCAUCCAAAGCUUUCGUCUUGGGACAUCCCGUUGUGGAACGCCAUCGUUAGCCCGCAGCCAGAUGCAAGCCAAUGGUAUUUUAGAGAGCUCACGUGGAUCAUUGAGAAUAUAGCUCAGGGUCUCUCUACAACGUCCGAUUUGUCGAUACUCAAGCAGAAACAAAUUGAAACCAUAUUGAACCUUUUAAAUUCCAAAUACUUGAAUAUGAAAUUAAAAACGGCGAUUUUGAAAUUUGUCUACAAGAUUCAAGAAAUCGAUCAAGGCUCGGAUUUGUUGGUCACGAGGUUUGGGCUCUUGACUGACUUGGCGCUUACAACCGAAGAAACGAAACACAGCGAGAGCGAAACUGAUGUGUUGUUCAACCGGCAAUUGAAGAAUAACGUGGAUUCGAUAUUGUGCCGACUCGAGAUUGGCGUGGGCUCAAGUGAGCGUGUUGUGAAUUGGACAGGCGGCGUCCUCAAGAAGGAAUUGCAAAAGGUACAUGCUACGAGUUUUUAG